UUCACGACUGAUUCCUUCUUCCCUCUCUCUAAAAAAAUUGUCUUUCCUUACUUGAUCCAAUCGAUCUUUUGUUUAAUCAUUUCCCGAAGACACAAUCUCGAGAUUGAUUUCUUUCUCUCGGUGUUUUAUUUUGGUCCACGCGCCCACAUGCGUCUUUCUCGUGUCUGAUCUGGAUUUAGAUCACAAGAAUCUCUCUCUCCUUCUCCUUCUCUCCUAUGAACAAAAAAAACAAUACAGAAGACACGAAGCUUUAGAGUGGACAAUGCUUCAAGCUACGGAGUAAGACGUCAUUCUCUUUCUUGCGAAGCAAGUUAAAAGUUUCUGAUUGAUCCGACUCUUCUGGCUCGUUGGACUCCAACGCUGAGGCUUUUGAUCUGAAAAUGGAGGGCAUUGAUGUUUCCAAGUACACACACAGCCCCGUGCACAGAGCCGUUGCUUCAAGAGACCACGCGGCUCUCAGAUCAAUCCUCUCUUCCCUCCCAAAGCCACGAGACCCUUCCGAGAUCCAAUCAGAAUCAGACUCCUUAUCCGAGGAAGCUACAUCCGACGCCAUCUCCGCCGUUAUCGACCGAAGAGACGUGCCACGCCGCGACACGCCGUUGCAUUUAGCGGUGAAGCUCUGCGAUGCAACAUCAGCCGAGAUGCUGAUGGUGGCCAGAGCUGACUGGACUCUGCAGAACGAAGAUGGCUGGAACGCGUUGCAAGAAGCUGUCUGCAGCAGACAAGAGUCUAUCGCCAUGAUCAUCGUGCGUCAUUAUCAGCCUCUAGCGUGGGCUAAAUGGUGCAGGAGGCUGCCUCGUUUGGUAGCGACGAUGAGGAAGAUGAAAGACUUUUACUUGGAGAUGAGUUUUCACUUUGAGAGCUCUGUUGUGCCUUUUGUCUCAAAGGUCGCUCCUUCUGAUACUUAUAAGGUGUGGAAAGUGGGAUCUAAUCUGAGAGCGGAUAUGACUAUGGCUGGCUUUGACGGUUUCAAGAUCCAGAGGUCUGAUCAGAGUAUACUGUUUCUUGGCGAUGGGUCUGAAGAUGGGAAAGUUCCUCGUGGUUCGCUUUACAUGGUGAAUCAUAAGGAUAAAGAAGUGAUGAAUGCGUUGGACGGUGCGUCUAGCGUUGCCUCGGAUGAAGAUGUGAAGAAAGAAGUGGCUGCGAUGUGUAGGAGCAAUAUCUUUAGACCAGGGAUCGAUGUGACGCAAGCCGUUUUAAACCCGCAGACGAAUUGGAGGAGGCAGGAGAAGAGUGAGAUGGUUGGUCCUUGGAAAGCUAAGGUCUAUGAGAUGAACAAUGUGGUUGUUAGUAUCAAGUCUAGAAAAGUUCCUGGUUCAUCGAGUGAUAAAGAGAACGGUGGUGGUGAUGAUGAGCUCUGCGAUGUGCUAACGGAUGAAGAGCAGAAGCAACUAGAGGCUGCUCUUAAGCUGGACUUACCAGAGUUCCCAAAUGUGGAUAGUGAGAAUGGUUUUGUAGAGACUCCUUGUGUGGAUUCUAGUCCGUCUCACAAGAAACAGGAGAAGAAAGGGUGGUUAGGUGGUUGGAGAAAGAAAGAGGCGACAAUGAUUAAGCAGGAGAAGGAGAUUAAGUACGCGCCUCCGAGAAGCUCUCUUUGUGUGAAUGAGAAGGUAAGCAAUCUUCUAGGAGACACUAAUCAGAUAAAACCAGGAAGACAUUCGGUAGAUAAUGAUCAUAUCAGGAAGCCAAGAGUGUCUAGUAAGAGUCACCAAGAGAGCGAAUACAAGAAAGGUUUACGUCCUGUUCUUUGGCUAUCUACAAACUUUCCGUUACAGACAGAAGAGCUGCUUCCUUUGCUUGACAUACUCGCAAACAAAGUCAAGGCUAUUCGGCGUCUCAGGGAGCUUCUUACCACAAAGCUUCCCGCAGGAACGUUUCCAGUAAAGGUUGCUAUUCCAGUGGUACCAACGAUAAAAGUGCUUGUUACGUUCACAAAGUUUGAAGAAGUUGAUCCUGCAGAUGAGUUUAAGACGCCUCCCUCAAGUCCUACUGCUACUUCUGGCUAUGAGAGUCCAGCUGACUUCACCAACGCAUCAUCGUCUUCUUGGUUUCGUCGAGCUAGGUCAAACAAAGAUGGUUCUAGCAAAAAGUCUCAAACUAUGCAAGACCCAUUUGCUAUCCCGGCAGGCUAUACGUGGGUCAGUGCUGAAUCAAAGAAAAAGAAACCAGAUACACAGAAAGUCAAAAAGGGUAAAAAGACAGAGCAAGUCAGCUAAAUCACUUUAAUAUUAACCUACUACUACACAGAUUGGUCAUGAAAAGACAUUGAAGAAAGAGUUAUGCUUUUAGGGUUUUGAAGCGACUCUCAGUUGCAGUCUGCAAAGAGAAAGGCAAUAACAAAACACUGAUGGUGAUGCGAUUUGAUUCAACUUUUGAUUCUUUUGUAACAUAACUUGUCAUAAACUUUGCUAUGAUUUUGGUUUCUU